AUGUAAAAUUUAAUCAAAGAGUCCAAAAGAAUAUACUCUUAAUUUUUAUUACAUGGACCAAAAUAUUUGGAUACAUUUGAUUAUCAACCUAUAACAACAUUUACAAUCGAAGCACUAAAAACAAAGUCUCUUCAAGAUUAUAUAAAUAAGAAUUUGACUAUGUACUAAGAAAUUUCAAUGUUGCCUAUAUAAUUUGAACCAGAUAAUAGUUUUGCAUUUGCAAUAUUUACACUUGCACCAUAAGUAACUAUGCCUUUACAUGAUCAUCCUGAUAUGUUUGUAUUAUCUUAUGUUUUACAUGGAGAAGGAAUUAGAGAAGGAUGGAAUAUAAAAUAGGUUGAUUAAGAAAAAGUCAAUUAAUUUAAGAAAACAACUAUUUAAUAAGAUAUUAGAGUUGAAGCAGAAGAAUUACCUAGUUUAAGUUUAAAAACUGGUGAUAUUUGUUAUACUACUCCAAAUAAAUGUAAUUUGCAUAGUUUUAUUAAUGUAAUAAAAUAAAUAAUUAAAGAAUAGUAGCACUUAACCAUUUGUUUUUCUUGAUAUUAUUGUACCUCAUUAUGAUGAAAGUAUAAAUAGAACAAUAACAUAUUUUUAACGUAACAACAAAGAAAAUCAAUUAAAAUUGAUUCAAUAAGAUGAGUAUUACUAAUCUUUAUUCUUUUUAGAUUGUGA